CAACGUCCCAACAGGCGGCGGCGGGCCUGGCGCUGAGGCAGCUUCGCCGCGCCUGGCUGGGCCCGGCGGCCCGGUUGGGGACGGGAGGGAGCGGCAGCGGUUCUCGCGGAGACCCGGCCGCCCGCCGUCUGCGUCGCCGGAGGGCCGCGAGGAUCAGGCCCCGAGGGAAGGCGCUGCUCAGGCUUUGCCUUCCAGGCGCGGGGAACCCGAGGCCAUGGUGACCGACUUCGACGAGAAGCACGACGAGCACUUGGUGCUGCUGCAGCAGAGAAACAGGAUCCUGAAGGCCCUGGAGAGGAAGGACCCGCUGCAGCUCCGGCUGAAGCAGCUAGAGCAGGGCUUCACUUUGUACGUGAACGGCGCCAACUCGGAGGCGAGCCGCGGCCGCAAAGUCAGCCCUCCGGCCCUUCUCGGGAGCGGCGGCGCGCGAACCCCCAGAGCGAACCCUGUGAGUACCAAAGACCUGUUAAAACAAGGAGAGCAGCGAGAGAGGAGCACCCAAAGUGCACCUAGUAAAAUCCAACGUCGGGAAUGGCUUCAGAAAGCUGUGCAGAUCAGGACAGAAACUGGAUCUAGACUCUGCAUUGCUCCCCCUUGUGAGUAUUCUGAGGAUUUUGAAUCUGAGGAAAGUUUAGAUCUGCAGACAACUGACUGUGAAGAGAAUGAUACUUUCCAGGAACUCAGGCAAAGCUUGGAGUUUGCCAGGAGCCGAAACAAGGUGAAAGGGGAAUGUUCCGAGGAUUCUGACUCCAUUGAGGAGGAGGUUCCCACUGAAGUUUCCGAGAUGAAAGAACCCGCUGAACAUCUGGGAGGGGCCGCUGAGCUGCUCCUUGCCAAAGCAGCAGCUCUCUCCCCUCUGCCUGGCUCAGACUCUGCUUCGGCCGCUGAACCUCUUGUGUUGGAGUUCAAGCCAACCUGCCCAGGCAUUAAGAAGGAGCAAAGUCUCUCUGCAAAAAGGAAGGGCACUGCUGAAACCUACCUGCCCAUCAAGCCCAUGAGUCCGGCAGCUGCAGGUCGUCGGUGCCUGGAAGAACAGGAAGGAACCACCUCUAGACCAAUAAGCCGAUCAGAAAGACCACUCUCAGCUGUUCGGAGAAACGUGUCCGAGAAGAAGGAUCCAGCACACGCUGCUUCCGUGGUCCUCAAAGCUAUGCAAGCAGAAAACGAGACGCUACAAAAGGAGCUGCUCUGUAGGCAGCUGGAGGCUUCUGCAGAGUCAGUGCUGGCUUCUGGUUCUGCAACAGUGGAUGCAGUUGUCUCCACAGCUCUGGAACAGACUGGACUUCUGGAAAACAGGCAACAGAAGAAACUUUUCAAAGCUCUGCAAAUGACUGAGACUCCGUCCGUCUGCUGUGGCCCUCCAGCUUUGGGCUUUGGACAGCAACAGCUUCCUGUUCUGGACCACGUGGGAUUGGAAAAGGAGAUCCGGGAUGCCAUCUAUAUUACUAUAGAGAUCCUGUCCAACUGGGGAGACGUGUCCCGUGUGGGUCUCACAGAAGUGGAGUUCUUUGAUUUGAAUUUUGAGAGAAUGUUUGUGUCACCUCACGAUGUGGACAUCCGACAUGCGGAUCCACCUGGAGAGCUGAGCUGCUUAGUUAACCGAAGCACAAAUGUCCCCCGAGAGCUUCUCCCCUGGUCAUGCCUCUUCCAGCCUCCAGUGCAGCUGUACUUCGUUGUCCGAAACCCCAGCCUCUCCGGAGACUUUGGCCUCUCCAGGAUCAGGAUCUGGAACUACAACUCGACAGUUGGUAGUGAUCUGAACAUUGGAGCAAGGAAUAUUAUUGUAUAUGUUGAUGGGUGUCUGAUCUUUGCUGGGGAACUGCAGAAGGGCUGCUUGGCUCAUGAUGCUGAUGGCAAUGGCUGCACUUCCAUUGAUCUCCCAACCAACCUUCCUCCAAAGGGAAAGAUAGACAAGAACUGGACUUCUGCAGACCCAAGAGAGGAGCUUGACAAGCUGCUGCUGUUCGAUUGGAAGCCUUCCGUAAAAGAAAACUGCCUUGAGGAGAAAGAGAGAGCCUGUGAUUCUGAUCUCCAACCCAGCCCAAACAUCAGCAGCCUCGUCUCACUGGAGGCUGCAAGGUGUGUCUUCCCUGGGGAUGACAGUUCCCUAAGUGAGGAAACAGAGGAACAUUCUCAGCCAGACAGUUUGAGCUCCCCUGGUAUUCUGACCCCUCCCGAGACAAAGGGGGAGAUGCAGGUUAGCUGUGGAAAGCAGAAACUGCCUCCUUUGGGAUUACAAGUCCAGCUGCCUUCAGAGAGCAUCAAGAGAGACUGUCUAAGAACACCUGAUGGGGGUCUCCGUCUCUCUCCAACUGAGGAACAUCAACCCAGCAGCGAGGCCCCAGAGGCAGGCGAGAGACCCUCAGAGGAGAGUCAGGAGUCCAUCCCUGACCUGGAUUUCUUGAAACCACUUCUUUGUAAAUACAGUGGUCCGGGUGAGCUGCUUCCCCCUGAUCAAGAUCUUAGAGAGAAGGAAGAAUUCAGCCACCCCUUCUAUAGAGAGAAAGCUGCCCUUGACCAAGAGGAGCCCUUCCCGGCCAAGGGCAGCACGAGGCCCUCGAGAGCCAAGUGGGGCACCUUGCAGGAGCACAUGCUGCAGGAAUCUUGGAAUUCGUUAUUGAAAUUCAAUCAUUCACAUCGUGGUCGAAUCUCCAAUAUGGAUUUCCAAGGUGACAUUUUUGAUGAGUUUCUCCAUCAGCAGAAAAUUAGCCGGCAAGAAGAUCAGAAGUUCAGGAUAAAGGACCAGACACGGGGGCUGCCGGUGCAGAAGAAGGCUGACAGCUGCAUAGACCUGGAAGACGAGAGCGAAUUUAAAAUCCCCGUCUUACCACACGGUCAGCACUUAAACAUUGACAUCAGGUCAACCUGGGGAGACAGACACUAUGUUGGUCUGAAUGGACUUGAGCUGUUUAGCUCAAAAGGUGAGCCCAUCCAGAUAGUAAAAAUCACAGCCAGCCCACCUGAUAUCAACAUCUUGCCUGCAUAUGGCAAAGACCCCAGGAUUGUAACUAAUCUCCUGGAUGGAGUGAACAGGACACAGGAUGACAUGCACCUCUGGCUGGCUCCCUUCACUCCAGGAAAGUCUCACUGUGUUUACCUGGACUUUGCAAAGCCAUGCGAGGUAGCCAUGAUUCGCAUCUGGAAUUACAACAAGUCUCGCAUCCAUUCCUUUCGGGGGGUGAAGGACCUCUCCAUUCUCCUGGAUGAACGCUGCAUUUUCCAAGGAGAAAUUGCCAAGGCUUCAGGGACACUAGCUGGAGGUCCAGAGCAAUUUGGAGACACCAUCCUGUUCACAACCGAUGAAGACAUUCUUGAGGCCAUUUACUGUUAUGAUGAGUCCUGCGAGGAGGAAAUUGAAAGCAGGGGCAGCUUGGGCUACGAGGAGGAGCUGAAGAGGCCGACAACAGCGGAUGGAGAAGGGGAUGAGAGGCCCUUCACUCAGGCGGGUUCCAGGACAGAAGACAAGCCAAGUCAGGAGCAAAUUGCAGGGUCAGAUUCCCUCUCCGAGGUCGUGACAAGCAGAGAACCUGGAGUCUACUCUGGAAAAUGCCUGCUGCUGAAUUUCACUGCUUCUUGGGGCGAUUCCCAUUACCUUGGACUGACAGGGCUUGAAGUGGUCGGAAAGGAUGGCCAAGCACUCCCAUUCUCUGUGGAUCAACUCUCUGCUUCUCCUCAGGAUCUCAAUGAUCUUGUGGAGUAUGUGGACGAUUCAAGGACCUUAGAUAAGUUGAUUGAUGGAAAAAACAUCACUAUGGAAGAUAACCACAUGUGGCUCAUUCCCUUUUGCCCCGGAGAAGAUCACCUGGUAACCAUCCAUUUCACCCAAGUAGAAAAUAUUGCAGGGCUUCGCAUCUGGAAUUACAACAAAUCUCCUGAGGACACCUAUCGAGGGGCAAAGAUAGUCCACGUAUGGUUGGACGGCUGCUGCAUCUCCCCUCCAGGGGGCUUCCUUAUUCGCAAAGGACCAGGCAACUGUCACUUUGACUUUGCUCAAGAGAUCCUCUUCAUCAACUACCUUGUGGGUCCCACAGUUGCUCUGGCACGUGAACGGAGUGAAGUGAAGAAGAGGGAGCAAGGCAGCAUGGAGUACGAAGCACCACUGAUGCCGUGUGGAUUCAUCUUCCAGUUCCAGCUACUCACGAGUUGGGGUGAUCCAUAUUACAUUGGUUUAAACGGGCUGGAGCUGUAUAAUGAACACGGGGAGAAGAUUCUUUUAAAUGAGAACAACAUUGCAGCUUUUCCAGACAGUGUCAAUGUCCUGGAGGGAGUCAGCGGAGAUAUUCGAACACCAGACAAGCUCAUUGACAAUGUGAAUCACAGCAAUGAUGGAAGGCACAUGUGGCUUGCACCAAUUCUGCCAGGGCUGGUGAAUCGAGUUUACAUUAUCUUUGACUUGCCAACUACCAUUUCCAUGAUCAAGCUAUGGAACUAUGCAAAAACUCCCCAGCGAGGAGUCAAGGAAUUUGGACUCCUUGUGGAUGAUUUGCUGGUGUACAAUGGCAUUCUCGAUCUGGUGAGCCACCUGGUCCCUGGCAUUCUUCCCACCUGUGAGCCUGUCAUUCCCCACCACACCUUCCUCUUCACGGAGGACGAGAAGAUCUGCCGGCAGGAGAGGAGCACCAUGGCUAGCAACCAAAUGGAGGACCAGGAUGUGCGGCUGACGAAUGAGAGCCAGCUUAUAUCCUCCUCUUCCAGAAAGAAGCAAAGGGCAGCUGCUGAUCCAGCUCUUCGUCCUAAAACCUGCAUUCAGGACAAAGGACCAUUGCGGAGAACAAGACAGUGAGGAAAGAACAGGGGGGGGCAGUCUUCUACUGCCCAUUUCUUGCCCAAGAAGAGGGGGCAGCCUGGACCACUGGCACACAGUUCCCAACCGGAAUCAUGAGGGGGAACUCUGGGUGGGAGUGAACUGGCCGUUGGUGCCGCCGAGACCAUCAGGAGCACUUCUGUCACCUGCAGAUUGAUUAUAGCUCUCUUUGCUUCUUCUUCUCACAAGAGGCUUUGGCUGAACUCAAGCAGGCUGGGGUGUGUGCGGUGGAAAGAGGGUACGCAACAGCCCCAGAGGGGUCACGAGCUCGAGAGGAGGGGAGCUUUCUGUAACUUCCACAGGAAGCCUUAGGGGUGCCUUUGCUGACUGGGGGGGGAGGGGGGAGAAAAGAAGGGCCCACACAGGUGCCAUUAGGACAAAGGAACACACAGCCUCCCUCUGCCCCUUGUGCUUCACUGACAUGCACAUCGUGUAUUUUCUCUGCAGUUUCAGAGACAGGAUCUCACCCACUGUAGAAAUGAUCAGCAUCGAAGUCCGGGGGGGUGCAGCCUUCAGUGGCCAGGCCGAAGGCCUUCCUGUGCAAUAGCUGCAGUGGCCGAAAGAGCCCGAGGGCUGGAGUGGUGGCCGAGUGUGACCAAGAGAAAGAGCAGCUGCAACUCCAUGGCCAACCCUUCACUGCCACGGGCUGCCCCGGUUCUAACGUGGAAUGAGUCACCUUAGGUUGGAGGCGUUUCCUGUAACCCAGCCAAAGGGCGGGAAGUGGCCGAGGUCCCCCUCAACAGCAAGUGCCUUAUUUAAAAAGCUCCCAGUUGCAGCCUAUCGACUGCUUGCAAGAACCAGAUUCUCAUGUUUGUGAUGUUACUCUUUACUGUUUGUCGCACAUUACACACAAACUCAGAUUGCCUAUAAACCACAUUAGCGCGCCCCCUUGGCUAGCACAAAGGAUGCUCGGGGGGGACGGCCAUAUUUCUUUGAAAGAAGAUGGAAGCCUGGCAGGCCAAUAGCUACAGAAGCUGUGGCCUUUGGGCUUGCCAGCACCAUCACUGGGACCCACUUUGAUGGCUUGAGCACAAGGUCCAAAAGCUGCUUCUGCAAAGAAUUGGGACCCGUGCCUUGCCCCUUCAGCUGAGUUGGGCCAGCCCUGCUCUCUCACCCUGGCAACCUUCACAAGCAUUGCCUACAUUCCCAGGGAGAAGUAUGAGGGCACCACUCAAUACGUCCCCCGCCCCCCAAAAAGAGCUGCACUUGUUUUGAAGGACCACAGGUUUAUUUUUGCUAGAUACUUCUUAGACGGACAACUCGUCUCCGCUUGCAACAGAGAUGGUCUUGCACACAGUAUGUGUUUCAGUUGACGUUUUCCAUAGUAGGAGCAACUCUGGUUUUAGGUUAGGCUCAGAGUGAGGUUGCAGAAGAUGAAGAGGUUAAACCUCGGCUUUCGUUGAUGAGAUCAUUCUUGGUCCCUAAAUGUUGCUGAAGUAGACUGAGAAUUAUGAGUGAUUUUUUUCUAACAGGGCUUAAAGUGAUUUUAAUAGCCUACCAAGGGUUAUUUUUCCCCAUGUGUCCAACGGUAGCAGGACUAAAACGUCUCAGCUGAAACAAAGAAUCAUGGUUGAGGACAGGAUUGGAAAGAUCAGUUGCUUAGUGCUAAAAAUAAAUUCCUGGCUUUGAAACACUAUUUACCCUUUCCAUGAUUUCUACUGCAGUCACCUGACGGUAAACAUUGGGCUGUGUAUGGUUGCUCUCCGGAUCCGGUGUCUGAACAAACAAGUGAUCCUGCAUAUCCAAUACAGAGAAGAGUUUAAUAGAGAAUUGAUUACAUUGCCUAAGUAACAAAGACUUCUACCGUUCUUCCCCAUUCACCUUGCAGCAUUUCACCUUUGCUGUCAGGUGCUACCCAGGCCUAUUCUCAGCAGCUAUUGGCAGCUGCCACGUCUGGCAAUACUCUCUCUGCUUCCAGCAGUCAAUCAGUUAACCUCUGGCACCUCUGGGCCAUCCCAGCAAAGGAAUGGCUUGAGAAGGGUCAAGGCCACGACAAGGAAUGGAUCUUAAAAGCCAGCCCAGUUGCUCAGGAGCCUUCCCUCGGAAAGCCUGGUUGAAGGGAAGCCCAACUGCCCUGAUGCAUUCAUGUGGCCUCGUGUACCCUGCAAUCCAGCUGAAGAUUAGUUAAUACAUUAUAUCAUGUUUACCCAAGAAAUUGGCCCGAAUACACCACGGUCCAAUUCGCUCUACGGAGGCACGUGGUUUGAGCACAGACACAUUUCAAGCCAAUGAAAGGGCUUCCAUUGCUUAUCUCUCUUGCCCUUCCCCUAACGUUUUAGCACAGGAGGCAACAAUGACAAAGGAUCCAUUCCUGUGCUGAGGACGGACAAGGGUGUUGCAUAGCCCAGACCUAAAGACGGUGGCAGAGGAGGCACACCACUUCCUAUUUCCCAGGACCAAAUUGCCAGGGCCUAUUGCUAAGAUGAGAACAGUCCCAGAAAACCCCUAAACCAGACGGCAUAUAAAAUGUUCCUGUCCAGAUUAGGAUGAUCUGGUGUGCCUUCCUUCUGAGAUCUAAGAGCAGAUGCUCAAACCUCCCUGCUAUGUGGAUCAGCAGCACAGAAAAGGCAGUGAAGAACAACAUACAUUUGGGCAGCCCUCAAAUUCUCCAGUUCUCAGGAGCUUCUCUCAGAGGUCAGAAGUCCCCUGGCCUCUUCCGGAGGUAUUGUUUCUGUAAAAUGGCAGCAGCAGCGCCCCACUGGCACCAUUGUGAUCCCUGCACAAUUCAGAACUAGCAGAUGCUCCGUAGCAAAUGCAAGUUGCGGAGAAAAAGGAGAAACUUAUUCCUGCCGGGAUUUACUAGGGAGCAAACCAGAAGUCCCAGAUGACAGGCAAGGAGGAAGUCAAAAGCAAAGACUUUGAUCAAGAGAUUACAGUCGGCAGAAGAGGAUGCCGACUUGAUCCACUGCCAAACAGGCACUCACUUCCUUGAUUUGACUGAAUUUAGCUUCAGUCGGGGCCAAGAAUUUUAAUGAAACACCCCUUUCAGCAAAGCAGGGCAGAGCUCCUUGGUAGCCCUCUUCCGCACAAGCGUCUCCCAUCCCUCUUCCACAUCAGGCCCCAACAUCUCCUUCAGCCUCUUUACAGCCCAAGCCGAGGGGUUUCCUCACAAAGAGGCACCAGGCCUUGGCUGCUCUUGCCAUCCCACCUGCCCCUUCUACCUUUCAGGAAUGUGUUGCUUGAUAGUCCAUCAGCGUAUUCCUUCUAUCAGCCUGCCAUUUCCAACUAUAUUGUCAAGUUCCCUCCUCUCAGAAUAUCCCAACCCAAAAUACAGGGCACUGCACAGUAUUGGAGUCGUGCUAUUUACAACCUGUCUUCUUUCAGAAUUUUGUUGCUGUUUUGCCAUGUUUGAAAUGCUCAACAGUUACCCCAUUUUCCCAAGAGGCCUUUCUUUCCAUCUAGUUAUCUACGGAUAGUGGCAACUAAAACAGUCCGUGGAAGCCUGUUUAACUUGCCUUCUGGAACUUUCUGGCAGGGAAAGGACCAGAAUAUCCCACUAACCUUGGCUGAAGGAGUUAUUUGGUCACAAAAAGAAACCCUUUCUGGGAUCCAAGGCGGCUUAGGCCAGCACGUUACCCUGUUUUUUCCAUGGAUAAAAGCCACAAGGUAGCAUGCUGCAUUCUUCAAGGGAAGGUGCACAAUUCCGUGCAGAAUUUACUUUUCAGCUUACUUUGCUGACAUAAAAUGGCUCUUUCCCUCUCCAUGACCAUCCGUGUCUGGAACUGAAGUAAGUGAAACAAAGGCUCAGAACUCUCUGCACUUUUGAGCCAGGAAAGAGCUACUCUCAGCAAUAAUCUCGUGCUCUUAUCUGAAAAGGUUGGAUUUAACCCUGCAGAUCCCUCCUGGCAGGAAACCCAAAGCAACCAACAAUCAAUCCACACUGAGACCAGAACCCAGGAAGAAAUCAAAGGACGGGGGCUGGCUUAGCACUGCUGGUUAUUUUUCAUCCUGAAGCUAAAAAAGUUCUUUCUAGCAGCCGCCUGCCUGCCGAGGCUUGGCAUUAAGCAUGAUCCACUUAGCAUAGGAAAAACAGCCACUCAAACAGAAACCAGGAUUCAAAGGGUAAUUUCAGAUUAUUCAUUUAUAGGGAAUAUAAAUUGACACUGAUUUUUCUGGAAGCUCGAUUGAAGGGGAGGCAAGAAGAUGCAUCCAAAUGAGUGCAGCCUACUCCUCCUACAACGUAUCACGUACAUUGUUGGUAAUUCCCAAUCCUGGCGUUUAGGACUGUAACCACAGUAUUUGCUAGGCAGAAAAAAAAGGCUGCCUUUGUAAUUGCGCUUUGCGAAGCGCACAGCCCUCUUUUCCUCCCUGAAAAGUGUGGAGGGCAGCCUACACUGCUGCGCCUUCUGCCCCUGCUGGAAAAAGGGCUUGCGCACUGGAGUGCUGUUUGGCACAGCCGUGAUGGCAGAUUCAAAGAAAGAACAAGGUACAGAAAAGCUCCUUGGGGUGUGUUCAAUAAUUGGCAGGAAAAAAGCCUACUCUAGUUUUAAUGGAGUCACGGAUCAACAAAAAGAGGGAACGGUGUCAUCUUCAGGCUUCCUCAAUUCUGGUGGUGAAGAA